AUGCCCCUCUACGAAAUUGAACACAGCAUCCCUCUCAACAAGCCGCAGCGCGACGCCCUCGCGCAGGCUAUCACUCACAUCCACACCCGUCAAUUCACCACCCCGAGCCUGUUUGUAAACAUUAAGUUCGUGGACGCCCGAAACCAGCACAACUACAUCGCGGGCAAGGAGAGAAGCAUCAACCGCAUCAUUGCCUACGUCCGCACUGGCGGGUCCCGCACCCAAACCGAUUUCGAAGAGACCACGCUGCGCAUUGCCGAGGCAUGGGACCGGAUUGUCAACGAGGACAAGGCCGCCGGGAAAGAGCAAGAGCUGAGUCGGGUGUUUGUGAUGGGGGCGAUUGUUGCGGGGUUGGAGCAUGGGGUGUUGUUGCCUAAG